AUUAUUUACUACCAUUUUUCAUCAUUUUCAAAAAAUAAAAAUUCUACUACGCUAUUGUUUCUUUGCUUGCCCGCACGGCAAAGCUUCCGUCCGAAUCAUGAAUCGGAAAUAAAGCGAAGUUAAAAAAAAAAAGGAUGUGGCAGCAGAUCUAAGCGAAUUCGCGCAUUCAUAAGAGGAGGCGGUGGAGGAACGGUGCGAGUGCCACUAUUCCGACCGCCGCGGGCCCCGCCGGCGAGCAAGCCGCAAGGUAGAUAGAGAAGGCUUCGACGUCACGACAGCUAGCGAUGAGAGAGAGGCAGCUUUUAUCUCACCAACCAGUGGGACAUGCUCAUGUGUUGCUGUGGACUCAUCAUCACCCGGCCAUUGUCCUCUCUCUCUCUCUCGCUCGCUCGCUCUUUUUCCUUUUUUAAUCUCAUGGGUUUUGCCUCCUCUCGUUGUUUCUCUCCAUCGCUCGAAGAGGAAGCGCUCCUUCCGCUGCAGCUGGUGUCGCUUGCACGGUCUGCACCUCGGAAGCUUCUCUAGAAUCUCUACCUGAUAGCGAGGAGAUGGAGGAUGGCGUGGGCGAUCUGUUUGACCGCAUCGAGGAUUUGCUCGACUUCCCCGGCGACGAGGACGUGCUCGGGAUGGUGGAGCCUCGUGGCGACCAUAGCGGCCGGCAUUCGAUUUCUUCUCCGGGGUCCUUCGCCGACCAGCUUUUAGGCAGCAGCGACGACGGUAAGGACUCGCUCGAAGGCGUCGCUGGCGAAAACAAGAAAUCUGUGGACGAAAUAUUUAGCACGGAGGAAGAGAAGCAGAGCCCUUACGAUGAGCUUGACAUAGUGCAACUGGAAUGGAUGUCCGAAUUCCUCGAAGACUCUGACUCCUUCUCACUCGGCGUCCCGUGCAGCGGCGGCGCUGUCAACAAAAGUACCAACAGCGGCGAUGGCCAUGGCCAAGCCAAAGUCAAUGAGCUGUGUUCCUUUUUCACCUCCAGUCCUGUGCUCCAGGCGAACACUAACGCCGGCGGCAGCGGGGGUGGAAGUUACUCCUCCUCCUCUUUCUCUUUCUCUUCCUCUUCCUCGACCUCGGGUUCCUACUUUACCAGCAGCAAUAAGGACACAAGGUCAUCAUCUCUUCCUCUGAGCCCACCGGAGCCGCUCGCCACUCUCGUCGUCCCUGGCCGCGCGCGCAGCAAGCGGACGCGCCGUGCUGCAUUCUCGCCCCGCGUCCACGUCGUCGUCCCUUUCUAUUCACCGUCCCCAUUUGCGGUCGCCGUCCCUGAUCCGGUUUCUACAUCCGGCGCGACUUCAGACCCGGAGAGCUUCGGCGAGUCGUUCUCCGCUUCGCCUCCCCUGAAGAAAAAGCAAAACAAGAAGAGCACGGUCCCCGUAGGGGACGAGACGGUCUCCCCGCAGCCGGUGCGGAAGUGCACGCACUGCGAAAUCCAGAAGACGCCUCAGUGGAGAGCCGGGCCGUUGGGGCCCAAGACGCUCUGCAACGCCUGCGGCGUCCGGUACAAGUCCGGGCGUCUCUUUCCGGAGUACCGCCCCGCUGCCAGCCCCACCUUCGUCCCCUCCAUCCACUCCAACUCGCACAAGAAGGUGGUCGAGAUGCGCAUUGAGGCCACGCAGAGGGCUGCCUCCGAUGGCUGUGACCUCCUCGCAUGCAUUCGCCGGAGGGAGUGAGCCAUGCAACAAUUUCCAGCUCGCAUGAUGUCAGUCGAUGAUGAACAAGAAUCGUGAGCAGCAAAAUUUAGCCUGCUUUCUGAUUGAAUUUUUUUUCAUAUAUAUAUUUUUUUUCUGUAUUCCCCUCUAAAUUUUGUACAGAGGAGGCCGUGAGAGUGAUCGCAGUCAGUCAGUAGUUAAUAGGAGAAUGAAACAGAGCACUUGACGAGUCUCUUGUUGUUUAGUUUGAAGCAAGGAAUGAAGGAGGGGGAAAGACCUACAGGGGAGAGAGAGUCUCGUUUGAUUUGUGUAGCUUGAUUAUUGAAUUUUUUUUGCAGAUAAUCGUUUGAUAAUUACCAGGCAGAUGAUAAAAUGGUGUCCUCCCACUAGUCUCCCCUUUUGGAUGGACAUGACUAGCUAAAGUGCUGAGCAGUUGAUUGAAUACUUAUAGUUGAGGUGAUAGCAUGACUGUUUUACUCUCAUGGCUCGUUUCACCUUAGUCCGAAUCCUCCAAACCUUGCGUCUCCAUUACCAGACCCACUGGGAUUUGCCUGCUUCAACUACUGCAUCAAGAAGUUAAUCAUUGAUGAGGAGCAAUAGGGCAAACAUCCUAUAAUGGCACUCACUGUUCAACUGCUUUCGUACCGUGCUCUACCUGCACAUUAGUGUGCCAGCAACUCAUAAUAAUGUUAUUCGUAUGAUACUACCUUUCGUAUGAUACUACCUUUUCCCAUUGUACUCACUUUAUUUGCAGUGAAACAUGUCUGAAGUGUGAGUCUGUGUAUAUGCUCAUAUUCUCGAACAAAGUUGAACAUGAAAGGUUUAAGUCUUUA